UGGUUAAAUCAACUAAUCAAGUUAUUGCUCUAAUUUGAAUUAUGAAAAAAAGUAGCGAAUGAGACUUCAAACUAAAAUACAGAUAAUCUCAAAAACUACUCGUUAUCUAUUCAGCUAUAAUUUAUCGAUCAACAGCUAGUAACAACAUGUGCGGAAAAUUCCACGCAACAACAAUUCAACAAAACACAAAACCUAAAGGCAAUGACGUUUUUUGGUUGUCGGUUAUUUUGAAUCAUUUCUUCAAAAAUUUAUCGUCCUAAAAUAAGUGUGAUAUAGAUCGUUAAAAAAAAUACAGGAGAUCAGAAAUGGCGAAAAAAAUUCAGAGAUAUGAAACCCAAAUGCAGCUAUUUGAAUCCAAGUCAAAUUUACCGAUUCUUACUGAAGUUCCAGUUCGUCCAAAAACUGGAUUUCAGUACAUCUUUAAAUGGGAAGAUAAACUUAAGCGGCAGGAAUGGCGUGUGGAUGGAUUUCGCUGGAGACAAUAUUCAACUGUGACAUUCAAGUAUGGUGAUGUGGAUUGCAAACGAUAUUACUUCAAGGUGCAAGUGGGGCCUGGCAAUGAAUUUACAACAGACUUCACUAGACAUGCAAUUGAAUGUCCACUGUACGAGAACAAGAUCUUGAUAUGGUAUCAGGGUGAUGAUUCCCUUGCUGUUGAUGCAGCCCUUAAAGAUGCCAAAGAUUCUGAUAAAGACAGUAAAACACCACAGAGGUUUGAAAACCAAAUGAAGCUAUUUGAGUCUGAAGCAAAUUUACCUGUCUUAAGUGAAGUUCCUCUCCGCCCGAAGGGCGGAUUCAAGUAUAUUUUCAAGUGGGAGAUUCCAUUGAAGCGACAGGAUUGGCGCGUUGACGGUUAUCGCUGGAGACAAAAUUCAGUUACCCGAUUCAGUUACAAUGGUAUUGAUUCCAAACGCUACUAUUUCAAGUUGCAAGUGGGACCUGUUGAUGAAUUUAGCACGGAAUUUACCAAGAAUGCCAUCGAGUGCCCGCUGUAUGAAAAUCAGGUGUUAGUUUGGUAUCAAGGAGACGAAACCGUGGUCAGGGAUUUCGCUCAUGGAAACUCCAAAGACCCUGAGAAAGAAUAUCAUCGCACCGCUCCGUCUGUGCUGAAAAAGAUCCAGAUGGAGACUGUGACAGAGAAGUUGCCUCUACAAGUCUAUUCAGAUAUGUUGACUGAUUGCUCUAAUCGAGCGCGUCACAUGAUCGACGCACCAAGAGACGUUAAGCAAGUCCAAAACGCCCGAAAGUUUAUUCGUAGAGCCGAGCGUUCCACCGUCGAUUCACCCAAUGAGAAGAAACAAGUCCGGAAUACGCCGAAAGUUCAGCGCAAAACUCCAAGCAAAGCGGAUCGUUCGUCUCACGAUGUAGCGGAUGCGAUAUACAACUUGUAUACUUGUGAAACUGGUUUUCUGAGUGAUCUCCAAAUAGCCCCUUUCCUUUUGGUCAUUUGCUUCGACAAAAAUGCUGUAUCAGAAUUCAGGGAAUUCAUCAAACGGGAAGACCUAACUACGCAAUGUCUUACUUACGACACUACAUUUGCGAUAGGAGAGUUGUAUUUGUCAGUUUUGACAUUCCGGCAACCAGAGUUUGAAGAUAGUCCUGUCAUUCCGCUAAUGUACAUGAUUUAUGAACGCGAUGUGCCGGAAGUUCACGAUACCUUCUUUAUGCGUUUUGCUGCGGCUGUUCCAGAGUUUUCGACUCCGCAAAGAAUGAUCAUCACUAGCAACGAAGAAGUAAGCAUCACCAACGCCAUCGCGAAACAUUGUCCUGAUGUUCCUCGACUCCGUUGCUGGCAACACGCACUUCAAAACAUUAAACUAAAGCUCCAGUUUUUUAACAUCACCGAGCGACAAGAGGUUCAGCAAUAUGAAAGUGAUUUCAUUCGUUUACUGAAUCAAGACUCGGCUGGUAAAUACAAGUCUCUACUUGCUCAAAUGUACUUGAAAAGAUGGAAAAAGGAGUUUUCAGAAUAUUUUGACCUGGCAAUCGAUCCUGAUAUGAAUAGAAUGGGUGCAUGGGCUCUACGCCCGUUUGGAAUAUCGCUUCAGACCGCCAACCAGCCUGAAUCGUUCAGUGGAAUCAUGAAACGAUUAAGUGAAACACAUCUUCAGUGGAAUAAGUCUUCUGUCGACGUAUUGGUUUCGUCUUUGAUGAAGAUCACCGACUUUUUCAACGUUCGGGUAGUAAGAAGUCGAUACCGACUCGCUGAUUACGCCUACACGCUCAAAGCCAAUUUGAAUGACUUCUAUGGUGAAAGUGAUUGCGACGUGGCGGAAUCGAUGACGGUCGAACAGUUAAUGAGUACCAUAAAAAUUUCACGAACGGAAUCAGCAUCUAAGGGAGGAAAACGAAGCAACACCUCGACCUUACAUAGCACAACCAGAAGAUGUGCGUCCAAACAAAUCGAUAGCAGUAUGGAGGAAAUCUGUAUUCUGGAAACAAAUUCAGUGGAUGAGGCUGAUAAUACUUCGAUCGCUGUUGAACAUGUAAUUCUGGUAGACGAGGCGGAACUGGAUCAAGACACGGUGAUGUACAUUUGUCACUAAGAAGAAGAAAUCGCCUU